AUGGAAGCGAAAAACGCUGAUGACUCGACAUGCCCAUUUUGUCCUUUCUUUGACCCUGACAGCAAUUUCGUCACUCAGCACGUGCAAUACUGUCACCCUGAAAAUGAAUCAUCUGCAGAGCCGCAGGAACUAUUCCAAGCCGCUUCCAGGGCAGGUCUAGAGUCUCAACUCUCCACUUCUUCUGAACUAGGAGUCGGAGACGACUGUGGAUCUCUACGCCCAAUUCAUGCGAAGCCGGGAGAUCCUGCUGUCUCUAGACAUGCAUCCUUCUCUCAGGCCGUCGAAACCACUUCAUUGCUCAUCGCUUCAAACAAUGGUCAAGUCGAACACCGUAUAAGCACGAAGAAGUUGCCCAACGGAAGCAUAAAGAAACUCGGCCGUGCGGAGCUGGGACCAUACGCCCACGAGAAGAAGAUGCCUUCGUGGCUCUUCCGGAUGCUAGACAAGGAGACCGCCACUGUCAAAUUCAACAAGAUCGCAUCAGAUGGCAAGCUUUCAAGACAUGUAAUCAUUGCGAAUGAAACACCUAAUAUCGUGUCCGCGCUUGCUCAGCUAUGCGGACAGGAUAAGUCUGUUCAGCGUGCAUUUCUCUGCAGCCCCCAUGUUCACCACAUCUCCAAGAUGCCAAGGGAGGGAGGGUUUUGUGGAUAUAGGAACAUUCAAAUGUUGGUGUCUUAUAUCAGAGGGUCCGAUGCUCGCAACCUUUUCCCGAGCUUGCCCACGAUUCUGGAACUCCAGGACAUGAUAGAGCGUGCAUGGGAUAUGGGAUACAAUGCUAUAGGUAGGACCGAAACCGGGGGUAUCAAGGGAACCAGAAAGUAUAUUGGCACCUCCGAGGCCCAGGCUUUUUUUUUAAGCCUUGGAAUCCAAUGUGAGGCUCAAAGUAUCGGGAAGACAAAAGAAAUGUCCGCUCAUAGCUCUCUACUCUCCCACAUCGCCGCUUAUUUCAAAAUGGGCUUAAAUGAGCAGACCGAGAAAGUGGUCUUGACGGAUCUGCCGCCUAUCUAUUUUCAACACCAUGGUUCGGCUUCACCAGUAACUAGCGGGGUUAAGCUGACAAGAAUAGGGCAUUCUAUGACGAUCGUUGGUUUUGAGAUUCGGGAACAAGGAAGUGGAAAUCUCCUCGUCUUGGAUCCGGGCGUGAAGACACCCUCCGUAAUCAAGCAUGCCAUGACUGCCAAUAUCAAGACCACGGACCCGGCUCGCGCUAUUACCUCCCAGGUUCCCGCCAGAGACUUGAAUUAUGCCAAACGAACACUAUGUAUGGAGCUUAUAGACUGCAGUUAUAUGUACUCGAGAACUCCGGGUGUUGGAAAGACAGUGCAUUGCGAGCAGCUCGCCCAAGAUACAGGCUUGCGGCAUUUAUCGAUAAACCGGAUUGCAAAAGACCGAGGCUGCUAUGAUACCUAUGACGAAGAGCUGAAAACUUGGGUAGUGGAUGAAGACAAGCUUUUAGAUGCCAUUGAGGAUGAGGUCCUCCAAGGCGGCUUCCUAAUAGACUGGCAUGCCUGUGACCUAUUCCCUAAAUCCUGGAUUGACCUUGUUGUGGUAUUGCGCUGCCCUUCAACAUCUACUCUAUAUGACCGCCUCAACUCCAGAGGAUACCAUGAAACUAAGCUACAAGAAAAUCUAGAUGCGGAGAUCUUUGGGGUCCUUAUCGAAGAGGCUCGCGAGGGCUUUGAUGAAGAGAUCGUGGUUGAACUUAGUAGUGAAGAGGACGGCGAUGUGGAGGCUAAUUGCGCUAGGAUAGCCUCCUGGAUAGAGAACUGGAAGACCGACCAGUCGGGACGUUGA